CUGGGGGGGGGGGGGCCUCCCCGUGCGCCUGCGCGCUGCCGCCGCCGCGCUUGCGUAGUGUGGCCGGGAGGGCCCCGGGGUCACCCUGAGCUGGGGACCGCGCCGCGAUGCUGAGCAGGUUUCUGGGCCCGCGGUACCGUGAGCUGGCCAAAAACUGGAUGCCCACAGCAGGCAUGUGGGGCGCCGUGGGCACUGUGGGGCUGGUGUGGGCCACGGACUGGCGGCUGAUUCUGGACUGGGUGCCCUACAUCAAUGGCAAGUUUAAGAAGGACGAUUAAACUGACUCUCCUCGGACCCCUCUGGUGUCUGCUGAUGCUGUCUCCCGUGGGAGCCCCUGCAGUGCCUGGACCAGCCCCCACCCUCAGGAUGGGCCUCAAGGAAAGGACAGCAUGACUGAGGACUCUGUUUCUGAGAAUAGCUUUUAUGUUUGAAUGCACACAGCAUUAAACCUUGCUCUGAAACCUGC